AUGGAUUCGGGGAAGUUGAAGAAAGGAUUUGAGAACAGGGAGUUGAAGUGCAAAGGAGUGCGUCGUAGGCGUUGCGGGAAAUGGGUGUCCGAAAUUCGAGAUUCAAAGAAGAAGAUAAAAAUAUGGCUCGGGACAUAUGAUAACCAACACACGGCCGCUCGAGCUUACAAUGCCGCUUCCCUGUAUUUGAAGGGCCGUCCUGACGCUGCAAAAUGCGACAUCAUGGCCGCUGCUACGCUGGCUGUGGACUCGCUGCCCCGCCCUUUUUCAUUCGAUUCUCGCGACAUGAAGGCUACGAACGCGUUCGACCCGCACACGAUACUACCAUAUGCCGGAGGGACUAAUGAUCAAGUUGAUCCCAUGGAUGAUAUUCGUGUGCAGUCAUUAGGUCAAGCUGAUCCCAUGGAGGAUUUCCUUGUGCAGUUAUUAGGUCAAGCUGACCCCAUGGAGGAUUUUCGUGUGCUGUCGCCCUAUAUGGAGUACCAGAUCCCACCUCUUCUCCCUACGGACCAAUUUGAGGGCCAAUAUCGUCCUCUGUCCCCACUUUGGAACUUCUGA